AUGGUGGGGUUCCUGCGCAAGAAGAAGUCGGACCGCGCGGUGCUCUCGGGCGACACUGUGCUGGACCGCAAGGGCAAAGUGGACAAUGCGAGUCUGCUGGACGGCGACGGCGAGCCGACGGAGGGCACGCUGUACGACAUGAACGGGAAGCGGGUGGGCGGCCACCACAGCCAACGAAAGUCGGACGAGGAGAAGCGACCGAGUCUGGGGGCCACGACGCCCGCUGGCUACCCGCCCGUCAUGGCCACGGGCGUGUACCCCCCGCAACAGCAGCAGCAGCCACCGGGUGUUUACGGCUACACCAACAACAAGGGUCCGCAGCCAUACGCCCAAGCUUCUUCACAGCAAUACGGCCAGCCACACCAGCAAUACGGCCAGCCCAUUCAGCACCACUAUGGACAGCAAGCUCCGCCGCACGCGUAUGGACAAGCUUCGCCCCUCCAACAGCAGCAGUAUGGCCACUCCCCUCAUCAGCAGCAGCAGUACGGCCACUCCCCUCAGCAGCAGCAGCAGUACGGCCAGCAGCAGCAGCAGUACCCGCCCACGACGUUGGGUGGGCAGUACCAGUACCCGGUGCGAUACGGUCAGAUGCCGCCUCCGAUGCCGGCGUCUUCGAAGCGCUCCCGUUUCCGUCUUCCUAGCAUUGGGAAAAAGAACUGA